ACAAAGGUGGAACAUAGUCGGUGAUUAUCACCGUAUGAGUCCAUAAAACGCACGGUUUUGGGAUUUUGUCCGCCGUCGCAUCUCCCGGACAUAUAGACAUGUUUGCCAUGACCAGUGCUGCUGCUUCUUCAUCUUGUACGAGACAAUGUGUGUGUGUGUGAGUAUGAUCUCCGACGUUGUCUCAGUCUUUUAAAAGGAUGAUGAAACUAAUAAGCGCGUGCGAUUGAAUUGAAUGUUAGUCCAAGACAUCAUGGAAGCGCAGUAUCAGAAACCAAGCCGUUCCUUUGGACCCCACAUGAAAAUAACGAUUCAGCCGUCCCAGCACUCCGACAACGACCGGAGCAGCGGCGAGCUUCGCGCACUGGAUUGCAACCUCACCUCUCUCUGCGAUCAUAUCCAAAUCGAAGGCUUCAACUCAGGUGCUUUUUCCGAUAUUGUGGUCCACGCCAUGGGCUCCACCUACCAUCUCCACCGCCUCAUCCUCUCGCGGAGCCCUUACUUCAGGAACAUGCUUCAUGGCCCUUGGAAAGAAGCCAAUGCGCCCGUCUUGACCUUGCAUGUGGACGAUAAGAAUGUUAAUGGAGAGGCAAUUGCAAUGGCUUUGGCAUAUCUAUAUGGACACCACCCUAAGCUUAAUGACAACAAUGCAUUUCGUGUUCUGGCUGCUGCUUCUUUUCUUGACCUUCAGGAUUUAUGUGCCAUAUGCACAGACUUCAUUAUAUCAGAGUUGUGGACUUCCAACUUCUUAGCUUAUCAGGUGUUUGCCGAGAGCCAAGAUUAUGGCUUACAUGGAGAACGUGUGAGAAAUGCUUGCUGGGGCUACCUUUGUCAAAGUGGUGCCAUGGAGUUGAAAGAGGUGCUUCCUAAACUUUCCUCUCAAACAUUGCAUGCAUUGCUGACAUCUGAUGAACUCUGGGUCCCCGGUGAAGAGAAAAGGUUUGAACUGGCAUUGUACACAUUCCUUGCAAAAGGUGCUCUAUGCAAACAAGAACAGUCAGAGCAAGGAAGUACCAGUUCGGAGGCAGGAAUGGAUUCUCAUUCUGAUUCUUUGAGUGCAAAGGGAAAAAAUUUGAUUGGUAGCUUCAUUGAAAAGAGGUUGGAAACUGAAUUAGGACACCUAACGUUAAAAGAUGAUUCGGAGGGCCAUAAUACUGCUCGUAAUCUUCUUGUCGAGCUUACAGAUUGUGUGGUUGACUUCCAAAGAGGGGUUUCCAAUUCCAAAAAACAGGUGCAACAAGGUGCAUAUCCUCAGUCAAAGUUGGAGGCUGGAUACCCCCCAUGCAAUAUAGGAGGGUCUUCGUCACUGACUAAUUCGUUUUCUGGUACAGAUGCAACACGAACUUCAUGCCCUUAUGCCGAAAUGCCAAUCAGUGUUGGUGGAAGUGGAUUAGGAGCCAAUGAUAUGGCUCAGGAAGGGCCAUCUGAUGAAGGAUCUUGCUACCAUUUGAAUAACCACAGUUGGCUUUCCAGAGAUGACCACUUGGAGAAUUGUUCUGCAAUGAACUCUUCUAGUAAUGAACUACUUUCAAAUGAUUGGGGUAGAUGUGGCAUGCCUCCUAUUUCAUGGGGUGGCAGGGUUGUAGGUAGAAGGCAGCUUAAAGGCCAGGCUAAGGGGAACCCUGGGGUUCGUGGGGAGGAUUAUGAUGCAUUUGUUAAUAUAUUUGAAGCAGGUUCGCUUUUAUAUUGCAACAUGUCUUUUGAGGCACUUUUAAAUGCGAGAAAGCAGCUCGAGGAAUUGGGAUUCCCAUGCAAAGCUGUAAAUGAUGGCCUUUGGUUGCAGAUGCUUUUAAGCCAGAGGGUGCAAGAAAUUGGUGCUGAUACAUGCAAAAGUUGCUGUUUGAUGAGUAUGGCAUGUGUCUGCAGACAACCAUUUGGAUUCACGCAUGGAGUUGCUACCAGUGGAUAUUAUAUGCAAGAGCAUGAUCAGAAUAAUUCUCCCAGCAACAUGGGAAAUGUAUAUGUUGCAGAAUCUGCUCCAGGUGAUGGUAAUGGCCUCUUCAGGCCUGUACGAGUGCACAUUAGGGGCCCCAUUGAUGGGCUUGCAGGUAUUGGACGUGGAAGUACAUUUGUUCCAGCAGCCGCUUGGCCUCCAACACGCUUUGUCUUUUCUCGUGUGCCCUUUGGUAUGGGUAACAGAAACUGUCAGCAGUCUCCAGCUAAUGAUGAUUCAGAGGCUAGAGCUGACCACAAUGGAGACCUGUCUGGAGAUGGGUUGACAGCUCUGGUUGGGCUAAGCCAAGGAGGGGGGAGUAAUUCAGCUAAUAUUAAUGGAGAGCAAACAGUGAGAGGGUAUGAGAUGGAUCUACAAAACAGAAUUUCUGGAACUUCAAUGUCAGGACCAAGUACUAGCAGUAUUCCUGUGCAGAUGCUAGAAUCAUCAGAGAAUGCAAUUGGAGUUGAAUGGGAGAAUGCAAACAGUUCUUCCAUAUCAUUGGAUAUGAAAACACCUUUAAGUCACUUUCCUCCUUUCCGCUUUGGGGUGCAAUUUGAGGAUGUGCACAGGCUCAGCGAUGGCCAGGUCAAGCAUUCCCCUGAAGUUUUUUACGCUGGUUCUUUUUGGAAGGUAAGUGUUCAGGCUUUCAACGAUGAAGACCCUCAAGGGCGGCGGACACUAGGAUUAUUUCUUCACCGUCGUAAGGCAGAGAUUACAGACUCCCUUAGAAAGGUUCAUAUGUAUGUAGACUCCCGAGAAAAGGUUACGGCACGCUAUCAGUUAAUUUGUCCAUCCAAGAGGGAAGUGAUGGUGUUUGGAAGCUUCAAGCAGACAGGCACUCUUUUACCAAAAGCUCCCAAGGGAUGGGGCUGGAGGACAGCUCUGUUAUUUGAUGAACUUGCUGAUCUUCUCCAAAAUGGGGCCCUAAGAGUGGCGGCUGUUGUGCAGCUGGUCUAGUUUAGGACAGCUCUGUUAUUUGAUGAACUCACUGAUCUUCUCCAAAAUGGGGCCCUAAGGGUGGCUGCUGUUGUGCAGCCGGUCUGGUUUGAAAGCUAGCUUAACAAGGCUAAUUAUUAGAGUCCUUCGUGUGAUAUCAAUUUUUCUAUUACAGUUUUUUUUGCCUGUUUCUUUUUUGUAUAUUUUGAUAUGUAAUCUAUAGCUCAAACAUCAACUUCAAUUAGGCAAGCAAGAUAAUUGGAAAUUACAAUGUUUAUCCGUCAAUAUAUGUUUAGUCAUUAAUAUAAGCUUUUCCGGUUUUGUGCAA